GUCUUCGCUUUCCCCCUCAAGACCAGAAGAGACCUCUUCCCCCUCAAGGAGGUGCUCCUCAACAUGGCCCUGACCUCUUUCGAUGACCAGUACAAGGGCUGCGUGGAGCUGAUGGAAGCAGAGCUGGCGGAGCUGAACCGCACGGAGUUUGUCGCCAACAGGGUCUAUGCUGACGCCUGGGCAGAGGCGGCCUCCAUGUGGAGGGAGAGAAAGGCCUCUUUCCCGGGGCCCUCCACCCUGAAGCCGGAGCACGCCAUCGCCCUCAUGGCCUACACCGUCCAAGGCCGUUUCCACAAGGACUUCAACGCGGCUGUGAGGGAAGCGGGGCGCACCAGGGAUGACUACCUCAACCGCUUCCGUUUCAAGACUUUCCAUUUUCUCCUGACGCGAGCCCUCCACCUCCUGGGCGUCACCGCUCAGCCUCGAUGUCACAAGGUGUAUCGCGGGGUCAGGAACGUCCGCUUCUCUUCCGAGCGCUCCAAGGCGGUCCGCUUCGGACAAUUCACCUCCUCCUCCCGGAGCAACGAGAGCGCCCUGAAGUUCGGCACAGACUCCUUCUUCACCAUCAAGACCUGCUACGGGGUCAACAUCCAGAAUUACUCCUUCUUCCCGAGCGAGGAAGAGGUCCUCAUCCCUCCCUUUGAGAAGUUCACAGUGGUCAAUUUCACCAAGGGUCAGGAGACCAACUUCAUCCAUCUUCUCUCGCUGGAAGAUGCCAGCAUCUACAACUGUCUGUUCCUGAAAGAGAAAACAUGCAAGACGCAGAGAUGCCCCUUCAGCACAGAGGGCAACAAGGACGCCACCGUUCAACCCUGA